AUGCGCUCCAGUGUCUCCCAGGACCUGAAUCCCCAGACAGAGGAAAGCCAGGACACCGUGUCUUUCCUGAAACUGGUUCGGCCUCGCAGAAGUGCACCUAAAGGCCGGAAACCACGGGCUCGCAGAGCGAUUGCAGCCCACUUUGAAGUUCACCCACGGCCGGGACAGGAUGGCGCACAGGCAGGUGUGGACGGGACGGUGAGUGGCUGGGAGGAGGCCAAAAUCAACAGCUCCAACCCACUGCGCUAUGAUCGCCAAAGCGGGGAGUUUAUAGUCACCCGGGCUGGGCUCUACUACCUGUAUUGUCAGGUGCACUUUGAUGAGGGAAAGGCUGUCUACCUGAAGCUGGACUUGCUGGUGGAUGACACGCUUGCCCUGCGCUGCCUGGAGGAGUUCUCGGCCACGGCAGCGAGCUCCCUCGGGCCCCAGCUCCGUCUCUGCCAGGUGUCUGGGCUGUUGCCCCUGCGGCCAGGGUCAUCCCUGCGGAUCCGCACCCUCCCCUGGGCCCAUCUCAAGGCCGCCCCCUUCCUCACCUACUUUGGACUCUUCCAAGUUCACUGAGGGGCCCUGGUCUCUUGGUGGCUUGCCCAGGCUGCCGGCUCCCUACAGCAGCUCUCUGAGCACACACACACCCUCCCCCCUCCCCUCUGUCCCACCCUAAGCUGCUCCUCCCCCAGACCUGCCUCUCCUGCGGGGCUCUCACUUGAUGCCCGUGCCACACAAAUACUCCCAUCCAGCUCUGACCACACCCCCACCUCUGGCUCCCCACCUCACCAGCCCCCAAACCCCUGAUCUUUCCCUGCCCCCAUUUGUCUUCUGACUCCCCACCCUGGCCGCAGCCCCCCAGGACACUGUGUUUACUGUACUCUGGGUGACGAUGGAUCCUGAAUACCCCUCUUCGGGCACUGAGAGGGGCUGGAUGCCAGAGAGACUGGGACUAGGCCAGGAGUUCCCAAAUGUGAGGGGUAAGAGACCAAGGCAGGCUCCUCCCUUGAUAAUUCCCUGUGGAUUUUUAAAAGAUAUUAUUUUUAUUAUUAUUGUGACAAAAUGUUGAUAAGUGGAUAUUAAAGAGAAUAAAUCAU